GUGUUCUGCGAUCACAUGCUCUCGCCAAAUCAUCCUGAACUUGAAUUGCCCUUCGAGUUUCACAUGCUAAUCGUGUCCAUUGUCGCCAUCGCCCCUCAGCUCGGUGAUGUCUGAAGAGGAUGCUGGAGCACACUGGCAGUUGUUCGUCAGCAAUGGCCGAUGCAACUGCAAUGUGGUAUGCUGACCUUCGUCAGCUGCGCUUCUGACUUUCUCCUGUCAUCACUGGCUAUUAUUAUGGUCUCUUGAACCUGUUGGCGGACAACUUGAAGGGAAGGGAAUAGGAGCCCGUGCAUAUUAUGGCAUUCCUUUGUUUACCCUUUUCUUAAAUCUCCUGCCCGCAUUAUACAAAUUGCUCUUAUUCCAGCAUUGCCGCAUUCGUGAUGAUAGACCACGUCCUUGGCCGGCCCUCUUCACAGUUCAGAAAAGUCCAGGUUUUCGCCGUUGUCUCCUUCUGGUCUCUGUAUCUCCUCAGAGGGCAUCGACAUGGACCUGUUGGUCUGCGGAAGUUGUCCGAACGCCUGUCCCAAAGGCUGACCCCCUGGCGCUCGGUUGUCCUCACGCUCCUUUGGCUUUAUAUCUGUCGAAAUUUCGCAAAGAUCUUCAACCUCGAGUCUCCGGAGCCACUCGCGAACCUCUACAGUCGGUCGUACUUCCGAGCAACAUGGAUCACCACAGCAUUGGACGCUGGCUUUUGGACGGCAAUGAGAAUACGCAACAAGCGGAUCAGAGACCUGGCAUCGAUCAUCUUCACCGUGUAUUACCUCAUUGCAGCGGAGCAGGCGGACGAAAAGGUUAGAAAAGUGAGGGCCGUGUUGACAGUGGAUCACUUACGGGUAUCAUGGAAUAAACCAAACACACCCUACCUCAAGUGGCUGACUGCAAUGUUGCGCCCACGGUUCAUCAAGUACAAACCGAGGCGAAUCCGGAUCCCUCGACCGAAACAGUCACAUUACAAAGAGCCGGUGGUUGCGUGGAUGUACUUCGACGGGUCGCUUGCUGAGUUAGAAAAGCAAGAAAACCUGGUCCUGGACAUCCCGGGCGGCGGCUUUGUAGCCAUGGAUCCACGCACAAGCGACGACAAGCUGCUUGCCUGGGCCGGGAAAACCGGGCUUCCUGUACUCAGCUUGGACUACCGCAAGGCCCCGGAAUUCCCUUACCCUUAUGCGCUCAACGAAUGCUUCGAUGUCUACACCCAGAUCGUGGCUACCCGGGGGCGAUGUAUCGGCAUGAAACCAGAUUCAUGUCCAAGAAUAGUGAUAACAGGCGAUAGUGCAGGCGGGAAUCUUGCUACUGGGACUACUUUGAUGAUCAUUCAGUCCAACCAGACUGGUACAUCUCGCGGAAUUCUGCCAUCUCCUGCCGGCCUGGUUCUCUUGUACCCGGCGCUGGACAUGAACAUUGGCAGCUGGAUGACAGACGACCAGAUGGCACUGAUCCGAAAUCCAAGGACGGCCAAGAAAUAUCGCAGCUUCAUCAAAAGGAAGAGCGAAGAUAUUGAUAGGCGGUAUACCCCUACCACUCCAAGGCCUGCGGACGAUGACGACGACGAAGGAGGCCCAGGUCACGACUUCUUCGCUUCUCGUGGCAGUACCAGUACGGACAAGGGCAAAGGCAAAGCUCGGGAUGAUCCACCAGAUGUCGAUGUCGAGGCACAGAAGCAAGCCGUGGCCACGUCUAAACCACAGCCUUUGAAAACGAGACUGGCCGUUUCGUCCAUCAUCUCGUAUUUUGGCGACCGCAUUCUGACGCCCGAGAUGAUGCGUGCCAUGAUCAUUCUCUAUGUCGGACCGUACAAUCGCCCGGACUUUACCACCGACCAUCUUCUCUGCCCUGCUGUUGCCCCCGAAAACCUCCUGGCCAAAUUCCCCAAGACUUACCUUCUCACAGGAGAGCGCGAUCCUCUGGUUGAUGACACGGUCAUCUUUGCAGGCAGGCUGCGACAAGCCAAAUUGCAUCUCUUCCGGGAACGGCAAGAGGUUGGGCUGGAGAAGUCGACGGCGGAAUUCGACGAAAAGGAGCAUGUUGAAGUGACCUUGAUCGCCGGUAUCUCUCACGGGUUCGUCUCGUUCGUGUCGGUCUUUCCCGAAGGCUGGAAACACAUUUUCCGUUGUGCCAACUGGAUCAUGGACAUUUUCGACAAGCCGCCGCACCAAUUCGAAGGACCGGCCAUUGAAUCGAGAUUACGUAGCGGCACACUCACUCAUGAUUCCAACAGUAGCCUCGAACUGGCCUCGACACAGUUGCGACAUCAUCGCCGCACACCGACUGGGGAGAGUGUCGACGAUGAUGCCCCACUCAUCAUGUCUUCUCUAAGGGAUGAAAAUUUCAAGUCUCCAUCUAAGGCCAACGCAAAUGGCACGAUGAAAGAUGACAAGCAAGGACAAGCCCGCGGAAGGGCGAUGGAAGAAAAGUCUAGGGCCGAUAAAGGCCGGAGCAAAAGCUUGGUUUCGUUGGGAAGUGAAGAAGACCUUUUGAAACGACGGAUGAAAGGGUUGACAGUGGGCUUGAUGGGCUCCAGCCACACAUGAAGGAUGAAGGGUUGAAGCAAUCUUUCUCAAUGCAAGACGGAGGAUGCGUCCGGUGAAUUUGAAAUGUAAGCUCACAUACAGCGGCAUUUUGCGUUUAAGACCAUAUACGGCAAAUUCAUCCAUACAGCAAAUUCAAAACUCGGAAUCAUGUCAUCCCCAGCUUGAUAAUCUCAGCACACCCGAGCUUCAUUCUGAAGUAGAUCAGCCUCAAGCCUCGUAGCUACAGUAUUUGGC